AUGCGGAGUCCCGGCGGCUGCCUGCUCCAGGCGCUGCCCCGCGUCCUGCACUACGCCGUCCGGGAGUUGCCGGGCCGCUGGGCCCCGGCCGGGGCGGUGUCGGCGGCGGGCGGGGCUGGCCCGGAGGACCGCCUCCCUCGCGGGGGCGGGGCGAGCGCGGCGGCGGCGGCGGCGGCGGCUGCGGCCUCGGGCGCCCUGCUCGGAGCCUAUCUGGAGCGCCCCGGAGCGCCCGCGGCCUCGUCCUCGGCGUCGGAGUUGCCGGCGGCGGGCGGCCCCGGGAGCGGCGGCGGCGGCGCGGUGGUCGGCGUGGCCGAGGUGAGAAACUGGCGCUGCUGCUGCUGCUUCGGCAGCACCUGUUGGUGCCGGAGCGCCGUGCUGGUGUGCGUGCUGGCCGCCCUGUGCUUCGCUUCCCUGGCCCUGGUCCGCCGCUACCUGCAGCACCUCCUGCUCUGGGUGGAGAGCCUCGACUCGCUGCUCGGGGUCCUGCUCUUCGUCGUGGGUUUCAUCGUCGUCUCCUUUCCCUGCGGCUGGGGAUACAUCGUGCUCAACGUGGCCGCCGGCUACCUAUACGGCUUCGUGCUGGGCAUGGGUCUCAUGGUGGUGGGCGUCCUCAUCGGCACCUUCAUCGCCCAUGUGGUCUGCAAGAGGCUGCUCACCGCCUGGGUGGCCGCCCGGAUCCAGAGCAGCGACAAGCUGAGCGCUGUCAUCCGCGUCGUGGAGGGAGGAAGCGGGCUGAAGGUGGUGGCCCUGGCCCGACUCACCCCCAUACCUUUUGGGCUUCAGAAUGCAGUGUUUUCGAUUACUGAUCUUUCAUUGCCCAACUAUCUGAUGGCAUCUUCACUUGGAUUGCUUCCUACCCAGCUUCUGAAUUCUUACUUGGGUACCACUCUGAGGACAAUGGAAGAUGUCAUCGCCGAACAGAGUGUUAGUGGAUAUUUUGUUUUUUGUUUACAGAUCAUUAUAAGUAUAGGCCUCAUGUUUUACGUAGUUCAUCGAGCUCAAGUGGAAUUGAAUGCAGCUAUUGUAGCAUGCGAGAUGGAACUGAAAACCUCUCUGGUUAAAGGCAGUCAACCAAAUCCCAGCGGUUCUUCAUUCUACAAGAGGACCCUAACGUUUUCUGGAGGUGGAAUCAAUAUUGUAUGAUUCUUAUGUGAAGUAGGAUUGUCAAGAGCCAAACAAGUGUGCUGUCCCGGGUCUAGCAGUCACUUCACUAGCGCCAGAGACAAGUGCUAUUUGUAUCAUGGCACAAACAGAACUAACUAGUUUUUCAAUUGCACAAUUUUUUUAAAAGCAAGAAUCGUUUUCUGGAUAUGUAAAUGUAGAUGCAAUUUUGGCUGCACCUCUUUAUCAUACCUAUAAUGGCCUCUAUAGGUCUGCACUUUAGUCUUUUUUUAUUGAUUUAUUGUGGGGACUUACGAGCAGAGGAAUAAUCCAAAUAUUUUUUUUUUCUGUUUGAUAUCUUUAUUUAUAAAGUCCAUGAAUAGUAGUAUGCAUCUGUCUUACUUACAAAGAUGAGUAAAAUAUGGAGUUGUAAGUGUGUAAUAUCGUUAAACAUUCUUUGCUUAGGUUGUUUUUCCAGAAGAGGUAAACCAUGUUUUUUGUUGUUUAGUUUGGUUUAAGUGGGACAGCUUCCUUUCCCAUUUUCUUGCUUCUUAGAGAACACACAUUACCUUUCAGUUGAAUGUAUUUUCUCAAGCUUCUUAUCAUUGCAGGGCCAUUUACACCUUUUCAUACAAGCUUAAAUCCUACAUUGUGGGACUGAAGUGCUCUUAGAUACCUUUUUAUUUUCACUGUGUAAUAUGCAAAGCAAAAAGGAAGUUAUUUAGUGGGUGGUGGGUGUUCUUAUUCCAAGUAGGGUUGACCCUCUUAGAACUUUCAUCAAAGGGCUGUCCCAUUACAAUCUUAAAAAAAAAAAUUCUUUUUUAUAUUGAUAAUUGGGCUCUGAAAUAAAGCAUUUUAAUUAUUCUUUUUAAAAUGGUGGGCUUGCCAUCAUUAAAGUUGUCACUCAGGUGGCCUUGUUUAGUCAAAAUGCCUUGUUUUGAAAAAAACAAAAAAGCUUUAAAAUUUGUUUAUAGUCCUGUUGAAGUACUUAUGUAUUUGUCCCAGUAGUCUUCAGCUUUAAAAUUACAAAUAUAAUACUAAUUUAAUGCCCAGGUUUGUGUUAUUUGCCCUACUAUUGGUCAGUUUGGUUUGGUUUUUGGUACUCCUUUUGUGCCCUGAUAAGACUCAGGAAUUCUGAAAUGUGAAAUUAAAUGUCUCAAUAUUUUCUCUCUGUAGCAUGAAUCCAGUUUAUUUAUUAGUAGCACUUAAGACUAUAGACUACAAUAAUUGGUCAUAUGAUUCAUACAGCAUGUUAUUCAUUAAUCGUUGCCACUAUUUUUGACAUACUUAAUUGAUUAGUUUUUUUAAUACAAAUAAGGUUAUAGAAAUAAUACAAAUUUUCUGUUAUAAAUAUUUCAACCUAUCAGAGUCAUCCUUUAAUAUUUAAUAUUCGUCUUUUCAUUAUGGUAUAACCUUCGCCCUGAUUUACUCCUAAAGUGCAAAGGAAUCUUUGCAAGUAGCUUAUUCUAUCUAGUCUUAGCUAGAGAUGGAUUUGAUAAUUUAAGUACACAGGAAUUAAGACCAGAGUCCAGAUGUUUUGAAAGGGUCUGGUCUGUAGCACAGGGUUGGCCUCCAAAUCCUCCUGUCAUUGGUAGGAAAAAAAAUAAAAUUAUAUAUACUUUUUGAGUCCUUGUUUCCCACUUAGUCUUUAGUAAUUAUUUUAUUUAACAAACCCAAUGACAUUUGAUUUUUCUUCUUUGUCUAACUUGGCAACAUUUUUCUUGCGUUUCUUGUUAGUUAUAUUUUGUUAAUCACUAUUUAAGAUGACUGUUUUCAUACUUGUUUUAAAAUUCAUGUAUUUUGAAGUGCAUUUAUUUACUUAGCAUUUGUGACUUGAAUGACUUCACCAAAUGAAUUUUUUGGUAGUUUAUUACAAGUUCUUCCAAAUGUUAACAUUUUGCCUGGUACUUCUACUAAAUGUGUAAGGUAAAAGAAAUAAUUUUUCUGUAUCCUGCCAAUCAUAAUUUUAUAUAAUAAAUCAUCCAUUUUUUUUUUCACAAUAGUAUGGUUUGACCUUUUCUAAAAUGCCAAUUGAAAUGUAGUACUGGUCAUUUCUUUACCUUUCCAGCUCCCAGUAACCAGCACUCCAUUGUCAUCAUGCUGCUUGACAGGGGCAUUUAGGGUGAGGGUUGGAGUUGUGUUCACGGUACACUGCAGAGCAGUGCCAUGCCUUAUACACUCUUUCACCUGCUUCCUAGACUUGUGGCAACAACAGUUUCCAUGCACUGCUUUUAUAUUCCUCUAGUACUGUGUCCAAUAAUAGGCAUUUAUGAAUGCCUUCACUCCUGGAUAACUUUGGAAAUGAAAGGUUUGGGUUAAUUGAGGUAGAAAGUUGGUUUAUAGUCAUUUAAAAAGCAUACAAUAUGCUUAAUUUCCAAAUCUGAUGAAAGAUUUGUUCAGUUUUUAAUUUGUUGGGCCUCUCAGUUUUCCAUUUUUGUUAUAUAUUAUUCAUGAUUUUGUUCAUGCUGAUAAGUUGUUACUUAAAAGUUUUUUAAUGUGUAUGUUUACUGUGCUUUUAUGUUAUUUUAUGUGAUCAUCUGAUUUGUAAACAACUUGAAAUCUGUGCUUUUGUGAAAGUAAUAUAACCAAGUUCCUCAUUAGAAUGUCCAUUUUUGGAAGUGACUGGUUUUAUUGAGUCAGCCAUACUUUCCCUGGAAACACUAUGUAACCAGCCAGCUGCCAUAUUUUUUACAGUGUAUGACUGUAAGACCAUGUCUUUCUUGGCCACCAGUUAAGUGUCCAGUGGUUAUCUACCCUCACAGUGGCUGUACUAGGUUUAGGGAGGUACGAACAUGUCCCUGGCAUUCCCACAAGUGGCAACACAUAGUGCUCAUUGUCACUCCCUUUGGGGAUGGUGCUGACAAGUUUAUCAUUAUUGUUAGCUGGGAGGCUGUCCUUUGAUUUCUUUCUUGAAAGUUUCAAGGUGUGGGCCACAUUGGUACAAGUAAAUCCAUGCAAUUCACAGUUAAGGAGUGUUUGAGAAGAAAGGUUUAUUUGGACCUCAGGAACAAUAUUGACCUAAGUUUUGGGCCUUGGUCAAGGCAAGAUUCUGUUUCUGCCCAGUGGUAUUCCUAGUCUGUAAAUGAUGUUCAUUAUAGUAUACAUGAUUUUUAGAUUGGAUGUUUCUGGUUCCUGUUGUAAUACAGUACUUUGGAUAUAAUUUUUAAGGUUAUUGCUUUAAGCUGAAAAAGCCAUUAGAAAAAGGAGAGGAAUUACUUUCACAGGAUAUUUAAAACGUAGGAGUUCAAAUAAGCUUACCCAUUGAGCAGACAAUGUUAUUUCACAACUAAAUUAAAAUCUAUUGUUUCUGAACUGCAAAGUAAUUGCUGCAGAUUGUUUUUAAAGGUGGUUUGAGAUUUAAAGUAGAUAAUCCUAAAGGUGAAUCUGUGAAAUGUCUUGAUAAUUGCUAUUCCAAAUCACUUGUGUGCCUAAGAAAAUAAAAGGUAAUAUCUUA